AUCUAUGGAGAUAAGUUCAUGUAAUGGCUCAAGUUGUGUCCACUUGUAAGGAAGGUGAAAAAUAGCCUUCGUCCCAAGAAAACAACCUGGGAUUUAUUAAUGGCUCCGUGAAAGCACUGGAAGAAGAAGGAUCAAAAGAGGACGAGGAUUGGCCAACGGUUUUGCGGUGGUAACGUCAUAGCCUCUUAGGGGAGUUCACGUUGAUAUAAAAUGAGAGAAUAGAUGGAAGUUUUUUCAUCUGAUAGAGUCCAAAGCUAAUUUGCAUAUUUUUUUGUUUUCCUUUUUGACAUCAAAACAUCCACCAUAUUCCUCGAUGGACAUCCAAGUUGGCACAUAAGUGACAAUAAUAAUUUUAGUUCUAGACAAUCCAACUAACCAUGUAUUUCGAAAUUUUCAGAGUUACACCGGCGCCAUUAAACUUCAAAAAUGCUAUAAAACUUAGAGCGGAAAUCUUAUUGUGAGAUACACCCGAUUUACAAAUUUUCUUAUUAAUUGUAAGAAUGAAUAAUUUACAAUUUUAAGGUUUAUAUUAUCUUUCUCAAACAUUUUAAUUUUAAAAAAAAUUACAAAAAGUUUUUCAAAACCCAAAAAAAUUACCGUAUGAAAUUUACUGGUUGUAACUAGGCCUAGUUGUAACGAUAUUUAAAUCACUACUAGAAUCAAUAAAUUACAUAUACAAUAACUUGGACAUGUAUUCGCAAAGAUAACUUUGAAAAUAUUCUUUCGGUAUAAGGUGUUAACAAUGUCAAUACAUAGACAUCUCUUUCGCUUUAGUGGAAUGGUAGCUCACGGAUAAUAAUUAAUCCUGGCAGUUGAAUACAAUGCCACAAUGUUAAUUAAGUACACGCUUAGGCAAUUUAAAGAGUAACGUCAAACCAAUGCAUGCACGUAAGAAUCUAAAUCAAUACAAAAGGUAAAGAAUGUUGGACUAUUUUGGUUGUGGACUUUAAAAAAAAAAAAAAAGAGGAAAGCUUCACCAAACCAAACUCAUCAGUGAUGUUGUUUUAGUAAAUUCUUAAGAGUUGUUGGACUUGUUUUCAUCUCGAUAACUCCAAUUCGUACUCAUUUGAAUUUUCCGUCACACAUCCAUAUCGUUUGACAUAUAUUAUAAUAUGUUCCAACGUAUGGAAAUAGGUCUAAUAUUGGACACCGCACCAAAAAGGUGCAUGUUUCUUACUAUAUAUGUAACAACUAUAGUCUUCUCUUUUACCAAAAAAAAAACUAUAGUCUUCUCGUUAAGUUUUGAAAGCUUCGUUUGACCGAGAGAUGUACAUAUUUGUUGGAACAAUGUGAACCCAUAUAAAUCAAAACUGGACCAAAGAGAUGUAGUUUACAUCCAUUAAUUUCUGUCGACCAGAAACAUAUUUAAUGCAUGGUAAAAUGAUUUUUACAGUAACAGCACGACCGCUCCACCGGUAGUGGACCUUCCGUUCACGCCUGUUCACUCGACAUGUAUGUUUUAUCUCGUGCGUUAAUUUUUGUUUAGACUAAAAUUUUGUUUAUAUAUCUUACAGUCACCAUAUUAAUUUUUCGUGUUUUGUGUUCGCUUCCACAGUAUCACAAACUAUUUCUUAUAAAUCAUUCAUUCCUUCAUUAUUCCAGUUUAAAUAUGUUUAGUUAUGAAAUUAUUUUUAAAUAAAUGAUCGAAAAGAUAAAUGCACUUUAUUAACAUAGAUUGUCAAACCAAGCAUUUAAAAAUCUUGCAACAUACACUAUCAUAUACCAUAAAUCACCAUAAAUCUGCGAUGUUACACGAUAAUUCACAAAAUAUCCGAUAACAUUGAACUUAUGAUCAAAUUAAUUUAUUGUUAAAUAUUCUCAUAUGAAUCAAAAAAACUUUUAUUAUUCAAGAGUUCUACAAUAUAUGAAUAUAGUCAUAUGGUGUAGAUGUCUUGUUUCUGAAGCUAACAUAAUAAGACAGGAUUGUGUAUGAACAUCAAUCAUAUAACAUCUUGCACAUCCAUAGUUCUUAUAGCCAAAGUUAACUAAUUUGAGAAAGACGUGGAGCUAGAGGGGUCUUUAAAUACACAUAUACUCCUCUAUCUUCUUUGAUUAACCAUCUGCCAGAAUAAUUAUUUUACAAAAAUUAUUUCAAAAUGCCACAUUCUUUCUCUCAUUUCUUCUUAAUCUCUCUUUUCCUUUACACCAAAUGUAUUGCGCAUCGCUACACUUUCACGGUUAAGGAAGUUCCAUAUAACAAAUUGUGUAGUACGAAGAAGAUUCUGACCGUUAACUCUCAGUUUCCUGGACCAGUUUUAAAGGUUUACAAAGGAGACACCAUUUACGUCAACGUUCGUAACCGAGCUAGUGAAAACAUCACAAUGCAUUGGCAUGGUGUAGAGCAGCCGGGAAACCCGUGGUCAGAUGGACCCGAAUACAUCACACAAUGUCCGAUUCGACCCGGAAGUGAUUUUAUGUAUGAAGUCAUCUUUUCCAUCGAAGACGCAACUGUUUGGUGGCAUGCGCAUAGCUCUUGGACACGAGCCACUGUACAUGGUCUUAUAUUCAUAUACCCUCGGCCCGGGACAUUCCUCCCUUUCCCAAAGCCGGACCACGAAAUUCCCUUAGUUCUUGGAGAGUGGUGGAAGGAAGAUGUGAGAGAGGUAGUAGAGCAGUUCAUAAGGACCGGAGCUGAUCCUAAUGUGUCCGAUGCUUUGACUAUCAAUGGACAUCCUGGUUUCUUGUAUCCUUGCUCUAAUUCAGAUACAUUCGAGCUCACGGUAGAGAAGGGCAAAACCUAUCGCAUUCGGAUGGUAAACGCCGCGAUGAACCUAAUCUUCUUCUUCUCAAUCGCAAAACACAGCCUCACCGUGGUUGCCGCCGAUGGACACUACACCAAACCUCUAAACGCUACUUACAUCACCAUAUCUCCAGGUCAAACGCUGGACGUCUUAUUACACGCGGACCAAAACCCAAAACGCACUUAUUACAUGGCAGCCAGAGCUUACCACAGCAGCCCCGUCAUCAGAUUCAACAACUCCACAACUAUCGGGAUCUUACGUUACAUCUCUUCAAGCAACGCCAAAACGUCAUCUUAUCCAAGCCUUCCUAAUUAUAAUGACACGUCAGCAGCGUUCGGAUUCUUUACGAACAUCAAAAGCUUAUACUCCGGACAAGUUCGAGUCAAAAUCUCACGUAGAAUAAUCUCAACGGUUUCACUAAAUCUUCUAGCGUGUCCUAACAACUCGUGCCAAGGUCCAAACGGGUUGAGAUUAGCGGCUAGUAUGAACAACAUAUCAUUCGUCACACCAAACCACGUAGACAUACUAAAAGCUUAUUACCUUCACAUUAAGGGCGUUUACGGAACGCGGUUUCCUGCGUUUCCGCCUCUGGUUUUCAAUUUUACCGCGGAUGAUCAACCGUUGAUUUUGCAGACUUCGAGACUUGCUACGGAAGUAAAGAUGAUUAAGUACGGAGAAGCGGUUGAAACGGUUUUUCAAGGGACGAGUUUAGGUGGUGGUGGAAUCGACCACCCCAUGCAUUUGCAUGGUUUUAGCUUCUAUAUUGUUGGUUUUGGGUUUGGUAACUAUAACGUAACGAAAGAUCCGUCGUCGAACUAUAAUCUCAAAGAUCCUCCGUAUAGAAAUACGGCGACUGUGCCAAGAAACGGUUGGAUCGCUAUCAGAUUCAUAGCUAACAAUCCUGGGGUUUGGUUCAUGCAUUGUCACUUUGAUAGACAUCUCACGUGGGGUAUGAACGUUGUCUUCAUUGUCGAGAACGGCAGAGGAAUAAACCAGCAGAUGCUGCCUCCACCGCCUGACUUGCCGCCUUGUUACUAAUAAUUCAACUGUUACCAAUUUGAGUAUAAUGAAAGUCAUUGUAACUGAUGUAAUAAACUAAAUUUACCAAAGAUAUAAUCCUUAGUAAUCAUAAGGAAGACUCCCAAGUCCCAACAAAAAAAGGUGAUAAUACUAAACCAAACCGUU